AUGGCCCGAGGCCAAGCGAAAGGGGCGCAGUCGAGCGCUGCUCGCGACAUGAAGAUGUUCCUGCGCAACCGCAUGUGGCGCGAGCACCGGCACUGGCUCCUGGCGCUUGUCGCCCUCGUUGCGGCGCUCUUCGGCGCGGCGUUCGUGCGCUUUUCCACGUCGCAAGACCACAUCUACCGCCUCGAAGUGACGGACACGGCGUUCAUGGACCGCGUGUUUCGCUCGGGCGAGCCGUGGGUCGUGCUGUGCUCGGGCCCGAACGACGUCCUGCCCGACGCCUUUGACCAGGUGCCGUCCCGUCUCGCAGGCAAGAGCUUUGUCGGUGUCUUGGACUGCACGCAGCCGCUCCUGCCGUCGGGCACGUCGGUCCUCAAGCAGUACGGCCUGCAGCCCACGGUCUCGCCGACGGUGUUCAUUUCAGCCAAUGGCGAGCGACCAAAGCAAGUCGCUCGGCCGCAUCUGAGCUCGGCGACCGCAUUGGCCAAACACGUCGCGACGCGGUUACAAAAGACGAUGCAACAAGUGCAAAACUCGGCGCAGUUGGAAGCGCGAUGUCUGUCCAGAACUACGUGCGUGCUCGUGUUACGAAGUCGACGGUUUCGACCUGAUGAGAAGCAGUGGAUCCGCGCGCUCAUGUACAAGCACCGCACGGUGAGUUUUGCGUGGAUCGAUGCCACGAGCUUGAAACUCUCGCUGGAAAAGCUGCUCCCCGAGUACCGACGGGGCGAUCAUCGCAUGGUGCUUUUUCGACGUCAGCGUGACUUGGCCACGCAGGAAAAGGUGCUAGCGGCGAAGGCGUACCGUGGUAACGAGUUUGACGCCGAGUCAGUGGGCAUGUUCCUGGACGAGCACAUCCAGAGCGAUCGGCUAACACCGCUUGCAAAGUCGCCUACGCUCGUGCACCGAGAAACGAAGAAGAAGGGUCCAUCUGUGCAACCGGAGGAGGGAGACAGGAGGUGGAAGCGUCCGAAGCGAAAGCAUCGUUCUGGUCAGGACAGCUAUCACGCGGGGGAAGACAAGACCGAUGAUGCUGAUGUCUUUCCGCAGCUUGUCGAGCACGACGGGGAUGAUCGGAACCGUUUGGUUGACGCUGAAGGUGUAGAGGAAGAAGGCGAUGUAUUGGAUCUCGACGACGAUGUCUACGAUGACGAUGCCGACAUCUAG